AUGCAAACCUUCUACAGUCCUACAACCCUCAUCACUUGGGACGUUCGCGCUCCCGCAGCAAUGGCCAUGCAGUCUAUCAUCACCGCUUUCUUGGUUUGCACGACCCCAAAAGGGUCAGUACUGAGAUUCGGUGCACUGCCAGUCCUUCUACUUCUGGCCUGGGUCUGUGUUCAGACAGCGUCGGCGUUCUCGCUUCAAGUCAUGAUGUACCUGGGAUUCGCUGUGUGCGGAUAUGUCAACGUCUUUCACUGCUUCAACUUCUUAUGCUUGAAUCCCUUUGAUGAUGCGGACAUCCGUCGUGAGAUGGCCCGGUGGAAGUCGUCGCCCCCGAACCCAACUCUUUUUGGCAGAAUUUAUUUUGCAACUGCUACCAUAUGGAGCUUUCGCGGCGUCGGGACUUCAUACGAGAUCAGGAGCAUGCCAAAGUUUCCUGGCAACGUGGUACCUACGAAGAGAUCCUUCUUGCUUCAGCAAGUCGGAUGGAUUGUUUUUCAAUACCUAUUCAUGGACCUGAUCACGAGUCAACCGCAACCACCCGAGGCAGCUGAGGCCUGGGCUGUCGGGAAGGAAUGGCUCUGGCUACCGCUUAACCCUCAUCCGGUCACCAAGCAAGAUCUGACAAGCCGGCUACUGGGGACGCUCAUGUCUUGGUAUUUGAUUGGAAAGAUGAUGCUAGAUACUUGGUAUCGCCUUUUCGCUCUAAUCUUUGUCGGACUGGGUAUAUCCCCAUGUCUGCGAGCUCCGCUCCAGGGUGUUGCCAAGUUCAUCACGCGUGGCAUCCUGCGUUUGCCUCCAUCGUUGCUCGAGUCUUACUUCACGAUGCUGAUUAUAUUCAUUCUCUCGGGUCACUUCCACAUUCUUCUUGACUACUGCUCGGGAAUGACGUCGUGGCGUCUUUCAGGAGGGGUGCAGUGCUUCGCACUCAUGGUGCCCGGCAUCAUGAUCGAGGACUGCAUCCAAUGGCUGUGGAGCGACUUCAAGGCGAAGUCAGGUAUCCACGGUCGACAAUGGCUCGAGAGAACCGUGGGCUAUAUCUGGACUUUCUUGUACCUGGCUGCGGUGACUCCUGUUUUUAAUUAUCCACUGCAGCGGAUUGACAGAAACCCUACAUACUUGAUUCCCUGGAGUUUCUUCAAGCACUUCACACAACAACAAUCGACAGCUUGA